AUGUUCGUUCAGCAAGUCUUGCUCGGUUGCCUUGUCCUGGUGGCGGCCACCCAGGCUCGUCCUCAGUAUGGAUACGAGCAUCCGGUCGGUGGCAUCGGCUCUCCGUCGGACAUCUUCCUCGGCGGCGGUGGCGGUGGAUCGAGUUCCUCUGGCCAUGGCAUCGGUGGCUCUGGCAUCCAUUCGGGCUCUGGCUCUGAGCCCAGCCUGGUAGCCAUUCAGCCACAUCGCGGUGGAGACAAGUACCUGCCUCCGGCUAGCACCACUCAGGCACCGAUCAUCAACAAGAAAUUCUAUCUGGUUUCCGCUCCCGAGGAUCACAGCAACGAUGGCAAGGUCAAGCAUCUGGUGCUGGGACGUCCACAGAAGAACUACCGUGUGGUGUUCAUCAAGGCCCCGGCCGGUGAUAAUGCCAAUGUCAAGUACUCGGCCGAGUUUGCGCCACAGGAGGAGAAGACCGUCAUCUAUGUGCUGAGCAAGAAGGACAAUGAUCUGGAUGCCAGCGAUGUGGCCACUCCGGCACCCACGCAGCCCAGCAAGCCCGAGGUGUUCUUCAUCAAGUACAAGACCGACGAUGAGGCUAAGCAGGCCCAGCAGGAGAUCCAGGGACAGUAUGACAAGCUCGGUGGCACCAACGAGUACCAGGAGGAUAACAAUGCUCCCAUUACCUCGGUGAUCGGUAGCCUCGAUGGCCUGAAUCCCGAUGGUAGCUACAACUACAGGCAGAUUGCCAAUCGUCCACCCAGUGCCCAGUAUCUGCCCAGUCUGCUGAAGCACUAG